AUGUUUUGCACGCUCAGUGUGAGUAAUCUGUCUGUCUCUUCCCUCAGUACAGAGAAGCCCACACUGGUGGAGAGGAUAACUGAUGCUGUGAAGUCCUACAUGUACACACCAGAGGAAGUUUUCCGGUUUCCUCUGAAGCUGGCGAUAUCUGGAGUCGUGUCAUUUACUGCUCUGUUCUUCCUGUGUCUGCUGAUCGCUGUGUUUCCAUCAAUCCAUCCCAUCUUCCACGGACAGAACCUCAUGCUCUAGGUCCUGGGGAACAUGUGGCCGUUCUGGUUGAUGCUGUUCUCAGUUGUAGUGGUCCAACAUGUCACCACCAGGUUCUGCUUCAUUAAGAAGUCUACAGGGACACGGGACCUCCACAACAGGGGUAGUCUCUUCCUGCUGACCUACCUCUUGUUCCCCGUCAAUGUUCUGAUUGGCGUGGUGCUGGGGGUGUGGCGGCUGGUCAUCACGGCCCUGUUCAAUAUCGUCCACCUGGGACGCAUGGACAUCAGCCUCCUCAACCGCAAUGUAGAGACCUUUGACCCCGCCUAUCGUUGCUAUGCUCACUAUCUGAAGAUUGAAGUGAGUCAGAGUCACCCGGUGAUGAAGGCCUUCUGUGGGAUGAUGCUGCAGUGUGCCAGGCAGGACGGGGACGAAAAGAAAGCCCGAGACGCAGAGGAAGGCAUCCAGCUAGUCAAUCAGGAGAAGAAGCCGCAGCAUAAGGUCUCCAUCUCCAAACGGGCACGGGGCCACUGGCAGCUCCUCUACACCCUGGUCAACAACCCCUCGCUGGUGGGCUCCAGGAAGCACUUCCAGCGUCAGAGCAGCGAGAGCUUCUUCAACGGAACACUCAACUGGGCUGCAAAGGAGGGGAUCAAGAAGGAGGCAGGAAACAUGGAGGCAGGGAAGGAAACGGAGGCAGCGACUAACUGAGACUGAACCUAUCUCCCAGGCUUGGGGUCAAUUCCAUUCCAAUUCAGGAAGCAAACUGAAAUUUAAAGCCGCAUUAUGUCACUUUUUGGGUGAACUGACCUAAUUCCUGUAGAAUAGUGAGUCAUAGAUCUGUCAUUCGCAUUGAAAGCCAGUCUAAGAAGUGGUAGCUCUGUUCUGUGUGCUAUUUCUAUGCUUCCCGAUCUUAAGUUUUGGUUUUGUACACCAGCCUCAAACAAGAUUUUUGCUUCUUAAAGAUAUUUCACAGUGGUUUAGACGGUUUAGAUUUAUUAUGAUCCCCAUUAGCCGACGCAGAUGGAGACAGCUAGUCUUAAUGGGGUCUGAUACCAUGGAGACAGCUAGUCUAACUGUGGUGUGACAUAACGAUAAAGACAUUACAGACAAAAUAUUUUACAAUGUAUAUAAAUGUAAAACCCUUAACAUGUAGUGUGUGUGCAUCAGUUCCACGUCAGUACGUACCGUACACAACAGGUAGGUCACAUGGUUUAAUGCUUCUCUACUCUGCUUGUUUUGUCACUUUUAGUAACAAGGAAAUGGCAGAGCUCAUACUGCACCUUUUAAAAUACACAUUUCCUUCCAUUGCUUUUCAAUGAGGGAAAAUUGGAAUUAGAGUUGAAUUUUACUAGCAGAAUUGACUGAAUUGGAAUGGCCUUUGUUGGUGUAUGGAUGGCUCGUGGGCAGAUUAUAACUGGUGUAUGGAUGGCUCGUGGGCAGAUUAUAACUGGUGUAUGGAUGGCUCGUGGGCAGAUUAUAACUGGUGUAUGGAUGGCUCGUGGGCAGAUUAUAACUGGUGUAUGGAUGGCUCGUGGGCAGAUUAUAACUAUAGUAUUAUAUGUCCAUGCAUUGAUCUGACUGCAUUCGUUCAAGUAAGUGCACUUAGGGCCGUAGGUAUUCUGACUUGAGUUUUGUGCGCUUGCCUCUGUUUUUCAUGCAAUUUUCCCAUUGACUCCCAUUGAAUCAAUCAAUCAAUGAUCUCUGAUUUGUUUAGAAAAUGGAAGGAUUAGAUGUAAACGUGGUAGACCUUCUAGCUCAGUGCCUCGGGAAGUCUGUCUUCUGAGUGGCUACCUGUCUAGGGCUUGUGUCCUAAAUGGCACCUUAGUUAGUUCCUAUAUAGUGCACUACUUAUCAGCCCUGGUCCAAGGUAGUGCUACACAGUGGGAUCAACCUGGAUGUGUGUUGUCUGUCUCUUUGUUUGCUCUGACGCCCGGACAGAAUCUCUAGUCUAGCAGGAAAGGUAGCGUGGCGCUGAACUCUUCUCUGACCAUAGCCUGGAAGCCUAACUGAUMCACUCCAUUACACCACUGGAAACAGAACUUAUCAUCUUGGAAUCCAGGCUAGUUUGACCAUGUAUACGUGGGUUAGAAUGUGACUAUUUAUUAAUAUACAGACUGCUCUGUAAUGGAAGAUUAUAAAGUAGCUGUUAAUUUUCAAUGUUACACUGACUGGUGUAAAUAUCUAUUGUAUGCUGGAAGCCAAACUGAAUUGUUCCAAAACGGUACAAUUCUGUUCUGAUUCCAGGCUAAUAACUAAUAUCUAUGUUGAAAAUGUAUGAAAUUGCGAUUAAAACGUAGACAGAUGAAACUGUUUACUUGAACUCUUUGCUGUAGUUCACCUUGUACCUCUUAUAAAAUAUCUCUACUAUAAUUCCGCUGAUAAUGUUUUGGAUUGUUAUUUUUCUCAAUUUAUAGUUGUGAAAAUGUUAUUUCAAUGUUAUGUGUUCAGGAUCAUCUACUUAUUCUCUUUGUGUGUUGCAGCAUAAAGUGACARUGACUCRAGUAGCUUUUGAAUGAAAUAAAUAMAUUUAUGUAUGAUUAACAUGAAAUUAAAACGAAAGAUGACGAACGA